AUGGUCGCUUAUGCAUUGACCAUUACUAGAGAAACUUUGGAUCCAAAUGAGCAUUCUUAAAUUUUUAGAUGCUAUAUCUCAUGAGGAUGCAGACAAGUGACUAGUUGCUAUGGAGAAGGAAAUUGAAUCUCUCUAUAAAAAUUAGACUUAAGAGUUGGUGGAGGCUCUUAAAGGACAGAAAGUCAUUGGCUGCAAGUGGGUUUUCAAGAAGAAAGGAGGCACUCUAAACUCUAAUAAUGUUAGAUACAAAGUACAAUUAGUUGCAAAAGGUUACAAUCAGGUCAAAGGUAUUAAUUAUAAUGAUAUAUUUUCUCCUAUUAUUAAACACAACUUUAUGUGUUCUAUUAUCUAUUGUUGCAUCAUAUAAUUUAAAAUUAGAAUAGAUGGAUGUUAAAACAACCUUUUGUCAUGGCAAUUUUGAAGAACAAAUUUAUAUGCAGCAACCAAAAGGCUUUCUUGUUGAAGAAAAAGAGAAACAUGUUUAUUUAUUGAAGAAAUCUCUAUAUGGCCUCAAACAAUCUCUCGGAUAGUGGUAUACAAAAUUUGAUACAUUAAUGACAUUAUUAACAUGAAUUCUCUCACAGUAAAUUUGGCAAUUGUAUUUAAAUAAUUCAAUGAUAUGUUGUCAAAUAAUUCUUUUCUUUAUAUGUUACUUUAUGUCAAUAAUAUGUUGAUCCCAACAAAAGAUAUAUUUAAAUUAGUAAAUUAAAACUUUACUCAACAGUGAGUUUGAGAUGAAAGAUUUAAGAGCAACCAAGAAAAUUCUUAGAAUGGAGAUCCAUAGAAGUCGGAGUGAAGUGAAGGUAAGCUAUACUUAUCACAAGCUAAAUAUAUUGAGAAAGUACUUAAGUAUUUUAAUAUGUGGGAUGCUAAGCCUAUUCAUACUCUAUUUGCUGAUCAUUUCAAGCUUUCAAAUUUCUUAUCACCAUAGUCCCCAACAUAUAAAAAUUUUAUGUCACAUGUUCCAUACUCUAGUACUAUAUGUAGCAUGAUGUAUGCUAUGAUAUACACUCAUCAUGAUAUAUCACAUGCAAUCAAUGUAGUUAGCCAUUAUAUGGCUAAUCUGUAAAACAUAUUGGCAUGAUGUUAAGUGAAUUUUCAAGUACUUAAGGGGUACUAUUGGUACAUGUUUAUAGUUUGGAAGAACAAGUGAGACAUUGACUGAAUUUGUGGAUUCAGAUUUCGUAGGAGAUCUUGAUAAACGGAGAUCACUAACUAGUUAUAUAUUUUCAAUUAGAAGAUGUGUUGCUAAUUAGAAAGUUUCCCUACAACCUACUAUUGCUCUAUCCACAACAGAUGAAAAAUUUAUAGCACUUACAAAGGCAUUAAAGGAAGCUAUAUAGUUAAGAGAUUUAUUAUCGAAAUUAUGUUCAUGUCAAACACUAUAUAUUGUCCAUUGUGAUAGCCAAAGUGCUAUUCAUUUGACUAAAUAUCAAAUGUAUCACGAAAGGACAAAGCAUAUUGACAUCAAGUAUCAUUUUAUCUGUGAUAUAAUUUCUUCAUGUAAAAUUAGUGUGUAGAAGAUUGGUACUGAAGACAAUCUAACGGAUAUGUUAACAAAACCUCUUUUUAUUUCAAAGUUCCAACAUUGUUUGAACCUAAUUGGAGUUCACAACACUUAG